AUGAUGUUGGUGCAGUUAACUCUGCAUUUCUUGCUCGCUCUGCCAGCGGCUUUUGCUGCACCAGCAGAACAGAAGAGAGCAAGUGCCCCAACUGUCACCAUCUCGAAGCCUGCAGCUACGGUCGUUGGAUCCUCCUCGAACAAUGUGGACAGUUUCAACGGAAUACCCUUUGCGCAGCCACCCACGGGAUCACUUCGACUGAAGCCCCCGAAGGCCAUCUCAUCUUCUCUCGGAACGAUUAAAGCUACAGGAACCGCACGAUCCUGCCCUCAGUUCUAUUUCUCUACCGAUACUGCUGGUUUCCCGGUAUCUGUUUUGGGAGAGCUAGCAAAUAUUCCGAUAUUUCAAACCGUUAGCAAUGCCGGUGAAGAUUGUUUGACCGUCAGUAUUCGACGUCCGUCAGGAAUAGCUGCGAAUGCAAAACUCCCCGUUCUCGUUUGGAUAUUCGGUGGUGGGUUUGAACUUGGAUCGACUCAGAUGUAUGAUGGUUCCAGUCUCGUGUCCGCAUCUGUGAGCCUUGAUAUGCCAAUCAUCUUUGUUGCGAUAAACUAUCGCGUUGGUGGAUUUGGUUUCAUGCCUGGGUCAGAGAUAUUGAAAGAUGGCUCUGCAAACCUGGGCCUACUCGAUCAACGCCUUGCCCUGGAGUGGGUGGCAGAUAAUAUCGAAGCCUUUGGGGGAGAUCCCUCGAAGGUGACUAUCUGGGGCGAGUCUGCAGGUUCUAUUUCUGUUUUCGACCAGAUGGCCCUGUAUGAUGGCGAUAAUACUUACAAUGGGUCGCCGCUGUUCCGAGCGGGAAUCAUGAACUCUGGGAGCAUUGUACCCGCAGACCCUGUGGACGGUACCAAGGGCCAAGACGUAUACGACACUGUUGUUGAAUCAGCAGGAUGCGGAUCUGCUACCGAUACUCUGGAAUGUCUCCGCGGCCUGGAUUAUACCAAGUUCCUGAACGCAGCAAACUCUGUUCCUGGAAUUCUUUCAUACAAUUCUGUAGCGUUAUCAUAUCUUCCAAGGCCAGAUGGAACAGUCUUGACAGACUCUCCCGAAAAUCUGGUUACCAGUGGCAGGUAUGCCUCUGUUCCUUUCAUCGUGGGCGACCAAGAAGAUGAAGGAACCAUUUUUGCUCUUUUCCAAGCCAGCAUCACCACAACGUCUCAGUUGGUGGAUUAUUUGAAAAAUAUCUUCUUCCAGGGGGCUUCCGAGGCUCAGCUGAAAGAGCUUGUUGCGACAUAUCCAGAUGUCACCACUGAUGGAUCCCCGUUCCGCACGGGUAUUUUCAAUAACUGGUAUCCGCAGUAUAAGCGGAUUGCAGCAAUCCUUGGAGAUCUCACUUUUACAAUUACUCGACGCGCAUUUCUGAAGCUGGCGAAGGAGGCAAAGCCAGAUGUAGCCGCUUGGUCUUAUCUCUCUAGCUACGAUUAUGGCACUCCGAUACUUGGAACGUUCCAUGGGUCAGAUAUCUUGCAGGUCUUUUAUGGAAUUCUGCCCAACUAUGCGUCAAAGUCCAUUCAUUCAUAUUAUCUGUCUUUUGUCUAUGACUUGGAUCCCAAUUCGCGGGCCAGUGAUUACAUGGACUGGCCAGAUUGGGGAACGAAUCAAACGUUGAUGCAAUUCUUCAAUAACCGUGGAGCACUUUUGGCUGAUAACUUUCGACAGGAUACUUAUAAUUUUAUCCUAGAGAAUGUUGGAUCUUUCCAUAUUUAG